AUAAUACUGCAGAUUCUUCUAAAUUCUAAUCAUAUUCCUGUUCAUUUCCUCAUUAUUAUCUGAAUCUUUAGUUUUGUCUUCUUCUCAUAGAAUAAUUGUUAUUACAUUAUUCAAAUUUUGACCUUUUUUGUGUUCAAUUCAUCCUCCAUCCACCACUUCUGUCAAGGGAAGGCCUUUUUUUUUCCCGAUUUUUCGUUGGCAUCUGGUUUCUGUCAACUUGAGAAGAAGCUGAUCAAGGCCCUGUUUCUGUCAUUGGGAUUCCUGUGUUUUUGCAAUGGUUGAUUCUGGUGGUUGUUUUUAAUGUUUAUGAGGAGUUGAUUGCUUAUUGAUACCUUUAUCGUUUGACACAGAAAGGAGAGUUUCUUUGGCUAUGCUGAGAUUAUAGCACCGAUUCGUGUAAUUUCUGUCUGCAUUCCUGGAGGUUGGAGAUGCCUAUCAGACACGAGAAUUCCGAAGGAUCUGCCCCUUGUCCAGAUGAUCUCUUAUGUUCGAACAAACAAAGUUGCAGCACCGGAAAAGAUCAUCUGAAAUCUUCUGGAUCGGCUUCCAGUCCAGAUGAUCUUUUAAAUCCAGACCAACAAAGUUGCAGCAGCAGAAAAGUUCAGGGGAAACCUUCCGGAUUGGCUCCUUGUCUAAAUGAUCUCGUACGUUCAGGCAAACAAAGUUGCAGCAGCAGGAAAGAUAAACAGAAAUCUCCUGGUCCACUAAAAAGAAUGGAGAGAUUGCUAAGUCAAUCAGGAAACAAGACUUGUGCCGAUUGUGGAUCUCCAGAUCCAAAAUGGGUGUCAUUAAGUUAUGGAGUUUUUAUUUGUAUCAAGUGUUCAGGCGUUCAUAGAAGCCUUGGGGUACAUCUAUCGAAGGUUCUAUCAAUCAAGCUAGAUGAAUGGACAGAUGAACAGGUGAACGCUCUGAUAGAUUUGGGUGGCAAUACUGCUGCAAACAAGAAAUAUGAAGCUUCUAUGCCCGACGAUUAUAGAAAACCAAGACCAGAUGCUUCUACAGAGGAGCGUUAUGAUUUUAUUAGGAGAAAAUAUGAGCUGAAGGAAUUUUCAAACUGUGAUGAACAAAUGUCCAGCCCAUUUCCAGGUUCUAUAAGUUCAUUACCCACUCCUUCAAAUAAUUGUCCUUCCCAAGACAAGAAACAGUAUGAAAAACAAGCAACCAGGCAUCGUAUUGGGAAUGCAUUUCGUAACAGCUGGGGAAGAAAAGACUCCGAGCACAAGCACACAAAAAAGAGCUACUCUUUGGCAGGUAUGGUUGAAUUUAUUGGAUUAAUCAAGGUUAAUGUAGUCAAAGGAACUAACCUAGCUGUCCGGGAUGUGAUGACUAGCGAUCCAUAUGUAAUCAUUUCCUUGGGCCAGCAAUCAGUGAGGACACGCGUCAUAAAGAACAACCUGAAUCCAAUCUGGAAUGAAAGUCUAAUGUUGUCAAUUCCAGAACAGAUUCCUCCCCUGAAAGUGCUUGUUUAUGACAAGGAUACAUUCACAACCGAUGACUUCAUGGGGGAGGCUGAGAUAGACAUUCAACCACUUGUUGCUGCUGCUAAAGCGUACGAGAAUUCAACCAUCACCGAGUCAAUGCAGCUUGGUAAAUGGAUAGCAGGCCAGGAAAACACCCUUGUUAAAGAUGGAAUUAUCACACUAGUAGACGGAAAGGUAAAGCAAGAAAUCAGCCUCAAGCUAAAGAAUGUAGAGAGAGGGGUGCUGGAGAUUGAGCUUGAAUGUGUUCCUCUUACCCAAUAGUUACAUAGAGACACUAAGAAACUAAAAACAUGGUGAUACCAUAUUUGAAAUUGGCUUUGAAUGUUGAAUUCACCAUGGAAGAACCUUUUAACCUGCUGUUGUUGUAAACUGAUGUAGCCCUUGUUUCAUUACAAAUAAUUUGCUUGACAGGGAUUAUUAGGGUUUCCA